AAAUAAAUAAAAUGAAAACCUUUUUGGUUUGUGAAUGCCACCGCCUCUGGUAAUUUGUCCUCAAAAUUCGAGAUCCUUCCAUACACAAAGGCAACACUUACUCCAAAAAGAUUUAAAAAAAAAUAAAAAGAAUAAUAAAAAGGGGUUUGGGUAACGGAAGUUUCAAGACGAAGGAAAGAUAGAAGACGAUGGCCGGUCAAUUAGCCGCAGCAGCAACAACCCUAACUAACCCUUCUAUUCUCCGCCUUCCUCCUCUCCGGAAUAAAGAUUUGAUUCCAGAAAGACGCGUUACAUUCUACAGGAAAAAGAAUUUUACCAUCAAAGCUCUUGCGGGCAGUUCUCUGGGAAAAUCAUCUCCACGACUCACUGCUGUUUCAUCUCCACUAUCUACUGAAAACCGUGGUCACCUCUCACUCAGUGUUCCCAAAUCUCGAAGAAGCAGUUCUAGUACCCGUCCACAAGCUUAUAUAUAUCAUUGGUCUGGCUUUCGAAUCCCUGCGAAUGCCGAGAAGCCAGAAUGGUGGUGGAGGACUUUGUCUUGUAUACCCUAUCUAAUAGCACUGCAGAUGUCAGCAACUGGGUAUUAUCUAGAACCUUUACUUGAUAAAUUCAAAUUAUUUGAAAAUUUGAUAUUUUAUAUCCCAGGAGCUGUCAACCGAUUGCCACCCUGGUUCCCUAUAUUAUACUGCUAUUUGGCUAUCGUGGUAGUGGUAAAAAAUAGGGACUUCCCCCUUAUCUUCAGAUUCCAUUUAAUGACGGGAAUGCUACUAGAAAUUGCUCUACAGAUUGUAUGGGUUGCAAGUAAUUUCAUGCCGCUUAUACACUUCAAGGGAACACUUGGGAUGUAUUACUGGGCUGCUGUGGCGUUGACAUACAUUGUCAUAACCAUGCAUUCCAUUAGGUGUGCUCUUCUUGGUACAUUUUCGAACAUCCCUGUUAUUAGUGAAUCAGCUUUCCUCCACUCUCUAUUUAACUUAGGAGGGUUCCAGCGACCGUUUUAGGAAGUAGUCAAGAGCAUAUUUGUAGUAAUCUUUAUGUGGUUUUGCAGUGAAAGGAAUGAUUGUCAUUAUUGUUUGUAGACUGUAGUUGACAUUUUAUUCUAUUAUAUAAAGAGAUAAAGGAUAUUGAAAUCCUGAUAAGGAUUCUAAUAA